AUGGAAUUUGCUCUCAAAUUUGAACCUGCUAUGGAAGUCUUUACUGAAUUAGUUUUCCAAAAAACCGAAAGCCAAGUUAGUUAUCUCAAAACUCAAUUACGGGAUAUCCAAAGCCAACUCUCUCACCAAGAAAGAAUAUUCGCUCGCAUAGAAAUCCGUCGUCAAGGAACUUUUAAUAAGUCUGAUUAUUUACAGCAAUUUUUCUGUGGUUCUUGUCAGCACUACCUUACGGAGCAGGAUAUUACCACCGGCAAUUAUCGCCUUUAUGUUAGCGACUACGCUAAUGAGCCGUAG